AUGCCGCUUAUCGUGUCUGCAGCACCAAAAAGCAGAAAAAUCCAACGUCAUCGCGCGAAGAUCGGCCUGGACCAGCUAAACAGCGACGUUUCUCCAAACACCAGCACCACGCACGCAGAACAUGACAUUCCGUUGAGCCCCGAUGACUCAAUCCGGAACGCAACAGUGCUCGAAUCUAACCCAGCAUGA